CGUUUUAACGGAAGAAGAAACAUUCACCGUCUUGCAAAAUAUCUCCGACUCGAAUAGUUUCGUCGCUGCGUCCCGUUGGUGCCUUGAAGAGAUGACCAUGGCGGCAGCAACCUUCGCGAAACGCCUGAUCGGAAGCCGAUCUAGCUCAACCGCAGCCACUUCCUUCGCCAGAGCUUUCUGCUCGUCCACCACUCCAAUCACCGCAACCAUGUUCCCCGGAGACGGGAUCGGUCCCGAGAUCGCCGAAUCCGUCAAACAGGUGUUUACGACGGCUGGAGUGCCGAUUAACUGGGAAGAGCACUACGUCAGCGCCGAGAUCGAUCCGAGAACGCAGAGCUUCUUGACCUGGGAGAGUCUCGAAUCCGUGCGUAGGAACAAAGUCGGUUUGAAAGGUCCGAUGGCGACUCCGAUCGGGAAAGGCCACCGUUCUUUGAAUCUGACUCUUAGGAAAGAGCUGAAUCUGUACGCUAACGUUAGGCCUUGCUAUAGUCUUCCUGGCUACAAGACUCGUUACGAUGAUGUGAAUCUAAUUACUAUUAGGGAGAAUACUGAGGGAGAGUACAGUGGGCUUGAACAUCAGGUUGUUAGAGGUGUGGUGGAGAGUCUUAAGAUCAUUACGCGUCAGGCGAGUUUGAGAGUUGCUGAGUAUGCUUUUCACUAUGCUAAGACUCAUGGGAGAGAGAGAGUUUCUGCUAUUCACAAAGCUAAUAUUAUGCAGAAGACUGACGGUCUUUUCCUCAAGUGUUGUCGUGAGGUUGCUGAGAAGUAUCCUGAGAUAACUUACGAAGAGGUUGUUAUUGACAACUGCUGUAUGAUGCUUGUGAAAAACCCAGCACUGUUUGAUGUAUUGGUGAUGCCAAACCUGUACGGUGACAUUAUCAGUGACUUGUGUGCUGGAUUGGUGGGAGGAUUAGGAUUGACUCCAAGUUGUAAUAUAGGGGAAGAUGGUGUAGCCCUAGCUGAAGCAGUUCAUGGUUCUGCACCUGAUAUCGCUGGGAAGAACUUGGCGAACCCAACAGCGUUGCUACUGAGUGGAGUGAUGAUGUUGCGUCACCUGAAGCUGAACGAACAAGCAGAACAAAUCCACAGCGCAAUCAUCAACACCAUAGCAGAGGGCAAAUACAGAACGGCAGAUCUUGGAGGUAGUUCGACCACCACGGACUUCACAAAAGCAAUCUGUGAUCAUCUCUGAACAAUCGUAAAAAAAUCUCAAUUCUUUAACGAAUCUUCCUUCGAGGCUUGAGCGUUUAUUAGCCUCUGAGAUUCUUCUUGUUUUCCUCGUUUUACGAUAAGAAUAAAACAGGCAAUUGCUUUUGAAGUUACAUUGUUUCUUCUGCCUCUAAAACGUCUUUUAAAAAACUUAGAUUCAUAGCACAGAAACAGCUGUGUUGUUCUGUAAUCAAUCAGAAGAGUUUUGUUUUUCUUGCUUUAAUAUUACAAACUUGUCUAUGUUCUUCA